AUGCAUGGUACGGUGAAACAUAGGUUGUUGGCCUGUUGCGGUAUUUGAAAAAAAAAACCAGAAAACCGAUACCGGAAAAAAAAUUCAAUAAUAUACCGCUAUAUCGAUAUUUUUCACGAUUGUAUUUUGCUUUAUUUUAUUGAAAAUUUGCUUAAUUUUAUUCAAAAUAUUCUGUUUUUAAAUGACCCCAAAAAGCUGCGAUAUUUGCAUUGAUUAUCCGAACUCACAAUGAAUCAUGUGUUAUAUUUUUGGCCAGGAAAUUUGUUUCAAAACAUGUUAUUCAACUGCGAAUUCGAAACAAAGAUUGUCGAUUUUCCGAAGUCUUUUUAGUACUCAAAUAACUCACAACAUUUUAAGAAACCUUUAGAAGAAAUUUAGUCCCACAUGAAGAAGUUUUAACAAGUUUACCCUGCUUGUGAUGUCAUCAAAAAGUCAGUUAAUUAGGUCAAUUAUAAUACCAAGACGGCGGACUGCACCCUGUUUUUGGUCAAAAUAUUUUGAAAACCAAGCAAGGUACGAAAAAGUUGUAAAGGGUCUUCAUAUAUAAUUUUAAAAGUUCUUUCAAAUAAGACAAAGAGAAUUUUUAUUGCCAUAUCCCUUUAAAUAGGAAACAUAAACGUGAUGUAGAUAAUAUCGAGAAAUAUCGAUAUUCCGAUAAUUGAAAAUUUCGAUAUCGAAUAAUCGGCAUUUUUAAAAAACUGAUAAUUAUGAAUUAUCGGUAUAUCGAUAUACCGCAACAGCCUAUCUUCUUAGUCAAUCAUGUAUAUUAUUCUUUCGUAGUACUUCAUUGUCAGGGUGUUAUUUUAUCUUUCUCACGGUAGGUUUUGCCGACUAAGACAAUAUAAUAUUUUGUACAUUUGUGGUACUGAUGAAUAUGGAACUGCAUCGGAAACAAAGGUAAGUUAGUUUAAGAUGAAAAAGUAUAAAAAUAAUUUUAUAUUAUAAUACUUUUGUUGGUUACUUCAAAUCAAAUCCUUGUGCCCUACGAAACUGUAGAUCUCCAUUUGACCUCUAUGACGUCCUGACUUUUUAGAUAUCUAACAGACCCUAUAUUUUACUUCAUAAAAUCUUAUGAAGUAAACCAGGUUUAUUUUAUCUAUAUUAGCUCUAUACUUCGGUAUAUCGAGCACUCUACUCAUAUAUGAUUCUAAAUACAUAUUGGGUGUCUAUUAGCGAUAAUGCAAAGCUCACUUCCCUUGUGGUCGUUUGAGCACUCUGGCCCCAUUACGCUCUGCGCAUGUCUGGAUGCGUCGAGUCACCGUGUAGUGCCUUGGUGAGAGCAAGUUCAUGGGAUAUAAAUACGAGUGUCUCACGUAUCUAGACGUGUACCAAGCUUCACUGACGAGGCGUAGAACGCCGAAACAUACAUGUCUGCAGAUUGUACUAUUACGCCCCUUCACGCCGGUGUUCUUGAGCACUCUGCGGAGUUGUUAAUGGGUGUCUAUUAGCGAUAAUGUGGUCGUUCCCUUGUGGUCGUUUGAGCACCCUGGCCCCAUUACGCUCAUGGGAUAUAAAUACGAGUGUCUCACGUAUAUAUAAUAUAUAUAUAUAUAUAUAUAUAUAUAUAUAUAUAUAUAUAUAUAUAUAUAUAUAUAUAUAUAUAUAUAUAUAUAUAUAUAUAUAUAUAUAUAUAUAUAUAUAUAUAUAUAUAUAUAUAUAUAUAUAUAUAUAUAUACGGAAAAGUAUACGUGACCACGUUGUGAAUUGAACCUGCUACCUUUGCUUUGCUCAAGUUGGGUCUACCAACUGAGCUAGGAGUUCAAUUAGUCGGUUCAAGUACAUGAUAUACCGGUAGUUAGGAAAUCGAACUGACUUGACCUCGCAUAUAGUUCAGUUGCUAGCAGGGCGCUUAUAAGCGCCCUGGUUGCUAGAAUAUAGUUCACGACUGUCGAAGUUUUUAUAAAUUAAGCAUAGGAUGUUUUGUCAACGGACGUCAGGCGUAGUAAAAUCCAACAGUUAAAGAUUGCAAGAACCAGUCUUUCUUGAAGCGACGUAGAACUGCGUGCAACAUUGUCAAUCAGAAAAAUUACACAACAUACACUGUGACAAAUACACCGUGUAAACAGACGAACAAAGGAGACGGAAUGAUAUCCUCCCCCAAUGCUCUCCCUAUUCCUUCCCCCAUAUCCCUCUCGCUCCCUAAUGUCGCGCUUUUAUCGUGUAGGCGCUGGAAGAAGGUGUCACUCCAAGAGAGAUUUGUUCCAAAUAUUUUAAAAUCCACAGUGAAGUUUACGAAUGGUUUAAUAUUCAGUUUGAUUACUUUGGAAGAACAACCACUGAAGAACAAACAAAGUGAGUCUGUUUUGAUUAAAAAAAAAAUUUUAUUGUGGUAAGCAAAGCUUCUGCCAAAAAUAGUGUGUUUUCCUAUUGUUCUCAGCCUUUUAGAUUCUCUCUGUGUUAUGAUACAUGCACAAAUAAGUUAUGUUUAGUGACAUGACAAUCGCUGUAAAGAUUAUAGUAGUGUACACGCAUACAAAAAUAAAAGUGGAAGUUGUCAAGAAACCUGUUCGCUCCACCGGAUUCCGAGAACAUGCAGGUUCGAUUCCUGGUGGAGGGCCUAUAUAUAGUUACAUGCUAUUUGCAAUGCUUUAAACGGCAAAAAUCUACUUUUGACUGGAGAUUCAACAAAAUUCGUGCCCACAGUCUCAUCAAUAAAAUUUUGAGACGAAAACAUUCAUUGUUAAAUUUUUCUUAAGGAUUUCUCAAGAUAUUUUUUGGAAGAAUUACCACAAUGGUCUAACACUGGAAGAUACAGUAGAACAACUACACUGUGCAAACUGCAGUAGGUAAGACGAUCAAUAUUUGGGAAAGUUUAUGGGUAAACUUUGCAAUUUGCUUCCAGAAGAAUCCCGUUUGUUAUGUUUUCGUUUUCAAGUUAUAAAGUAAGGAUGUUAUCGAAAUACAUCGAAAUAAAGUUUCACUCACUGUUGUUAUGGCACUAUAAAUUUGUUUCAAUCUGACCCAAUAAUAUCUUGCUGAACCUUCUUAGCAUACUUCGUUGUGUCUGAUAUGCAAUGACCUCACCAAGAUGUCAUAUUGGUAAUGAACUACUGAAACAGAACGUUUAGCUUUGAAAGUGCCAAUUAAGAUUUGAUUCAAAUGAAUAUUCUCCAUGUAAAGACGUGUGUGCUUGUUAUUUACACUUUUGGGACAAUGUUUUCCUAUACUACUUAAUAUAUUAAUAAAGCCAUUGCACACCACAAAUCUGGCUAAGAGAUUCAUGAAUUGUUACCAGUAAUAAUUUCAUUGGACACUUCCUUUUGAAAUUCUUCAUAUAGCAUUCACCAUGAUUAACAUUGACAUCAGGGGCCGGUUGUUCAAAGCUGGGUUAGUUUAACCCUAGGUAAAAUUCAAAGCAAACUUCCUCACAGUUUGUCUAUAAAUUUGGAAAUAUUUCUUCAGAGAUCUUGUCUGGAUCGAUAUGAGUUUACUUCUCUGAAGUUUUGAAAUAAACAAACGUGUAUAAAUACACAAACUAAAACAGCAGGUUAAAUUUUAACCCAGGGUUAGCACUAAUCCACCUUUGAACAACCGGCCCCAGAGCAUUGACAUUAACACUAUUUCUAUUUUAGAUUUUUAGCUGACCGAUUUGUAGAGGGGACGUGUCCUCUCUGUGGUUUUCACGUAAGUUUAUAGGAGACUUCACGUUCUUGAUUAAUGAGGUCACGGGCGAGGGAGAUUCUUAGAAAGCCUAAUUAAUGAUUCAUAUUUUCCAACAGGAUGCUCGUGGCGACCAAUGUGAUGCUUGUGGCAAACUCAUUAACGCAACAGAAUUAAAGGUACAUGUUAUAUGAUAACAGAAUUAAAGGUAUACCCUGUACUCCAUGUUAUAUGAUGGUAUAUAAGCGCCCUGCUUCUUUCCGUGAAUGAAACCAGGCAGUACAGUAUUAUUGAAGGAAUGAAUUGAGCCCGAUAUUUAGGAAGUUAUUUGUAGGUGAAAUGAAGUUUGAAAAAAUAGCAAUGCAUGAUGGGAAUGGUGAAGGUGACUUGAACGUGUCUGUUCCCACCAUUCAUCACUUCACCACACACUUCAGUCUAUAUAUGUAAUUUAUAAUAUGACGACUGGAUGCCAGUCAGAUCCUAAUCCUAUAUCCUGAUUAAUAUUUCGUCAGUUUCAAUAUUUAUAGCAAACGACGGUUUUCCACAGUUGCGUAAGUAUUCCUUAUACUUUCAUGAAGGAAUACUUAUGUUAUUUCAUGAAGGAAUACGUCUGUUUUUACUUAGUUACAACUUUCUGAUGUUUUUAGGCUCCUCGAUGUAAAAUUUGUAGCAAAACUCCGACACUGAAGAAAAGCAAGCAUCUUUUCUUAGACUUGACAAAGGUUUGUGCUGGAUUGUGUUUAAUCAUGACAAAUGAACUAGCCUUAUGAAUAUUAAACUUAAAACGAGAGGCUUGAUAUAUAUAAAGUAGAAUAAUAAAAUAGGGAUAUUAACAUGUAAAAAGACUUCAGUUAUUUCUGAUUAAAAUUAAUGGUAGUUUAUAGAAUUUAACAUGUUCGCCUCUGCACAAGCGAAUUCAAAAUGUUGUGUUACAGGAGCGUAAAAAUGUACUCUUGUACUUCCAAGACAUAAUAAGGCUGAGCGUAUAAUACUAAAAUUUAAUCGUGUCCGUAUCCAGUUCAUUAUAGAGGAGUAAUUCUCGGAUCUCUUAUUUGAGAGUUUAUGAGCUAAUUCUUUAUUGAAUUUCUUGCAUUCAUCACCCAUUGCUCCAUUUGUCCCAAAUACCAGCGGCGUAAAUGUUCCAUUUUCUACUUCGAUAAUACGGUCGUUGUAUGCUCGUUUCUUCUCUUGCUCGGCGUUCUUUACCACUUUACUGUCGUGAGGUUUCUGUGAGAUUGGGCAUAUAACAUGCGUGACGUGGGUCCUUCGUUAGGAGGUCCGUAGCCCUAACUUAGCAAAUUGUUUUUAAACUUUUUCAGGUAAUUCGGACCCAAACAACGACAGUUCAUGUUCAUGUUUAAACAACGACAGUUCAGUUCAUGUUUAAAAUUUGUGCAUUCCCAAUGUUUUUAUUUUCAGCUACAACCCGAGUUAACUUCGUGGGUGGAGAAAGCAUCGACUGAAGGUAUGUGUAAGCGAUGGAAUUACGCAAUAUUUUGCAGAGUGCGUCACGAGAUAAGGUUCUGUUAAUGAAGGGAGGAGAGAGGGAGUGGCAGUAAGGAUAAAUUAUUACCCUGCUCCGAUAAAUUGACGUAAUUAGGCUUUCUUGCAUUAUGCGACCAGGCCUAGUCCGCUAUUUUCGGGUGGCAAACCACACGGAGGCAGUGAAAGCAACAGGCGAAGGAGUGAAUUUAGUUGAGUGAAAACACAGUACUAUUGUUUAUAGGUACUCUUAAUUCACUUCACUCACUGAAUAAAUUAUUUGCUGUCAUCCUCUGUUGCUGCGUGGCUUACAAGCCAAAGGAUUGCCUAUGAAGGAGGCUAGGCUGCUAAAUAUGCAGCGUAGCGUGUGUUUUCUGUUUGAACAGAAUAUGAACAUUUUAUACUACAGGGAACUGGAGUGCAAAUUCCCAACACAUUACUAAAGGUUGGCUACAGGAAGGCCUGAAACCUCGUUGUAUAACACGUGAUUUAAAAUGGGGGACACCUGUACCACUAGAAGGCUUUACAGAUAAAGUGUUCUACGUUUGGUUUGAUGCACCGAUUGGGUAAGAAACAUGCAAUACUAUACUAAACUAUUUUUUAUACUGGAUAGCCUUAUCUGUUGCAAAAUAUUCUCCUGGGAGGUUCGGUAUGCUCUCCCUUAUUGGUGUAGUUUUUCUUCAGGAGAAACCAGAGGUUGCGAAACCGGGGGGUAUUGGUGGCAGGUGCCCCCGCAUUUUUUGUGCAAGGAGAAAACGUGCCCUUUUUGUGGAAACAAGAACCGAACUGAUGAAAUUGACUUCAGUUUGAUUGCUAAAGACUUUGUUAUCAAAAACGACCAGAGACUUAGAUUUUUUUGCAAUUUAGAAUGAAAUUGCGUUAAAUAAUAAAUGUUCUCUUCAAAUUUGUGGUCAAUGUGUUUAUGUUCAGUUUAGGACGUAGAGGUAUUAGAGAAUACGAUAACAUCCGAGGCUGUAUAUUGCAUACGUCCAAACUUCUAGACUUUUUAGGACAUAUCUAACAUAUUUAAAAUGUUUGCUGACUCAAUUGCACUUUCUGGUCAGUGCCCCGUUACUUUCAAGGCGGAGAAACCCGUGGUGUUUGGUAGAGACAAAUUCGAGGCACCCUACUCGUAUGAGACUGAUGCAAAAUUACAAUUUUAUGGUUUACGGUGCUUUGAAGUUGUACUCGAAACUCUAUUACUUCAGUCGAAAUUUGUAAACGAACGAAUAUUGAAAAGAUAAGGCCAUCUUGGCUUACUUCGGGUAAUGUUCGUCUUCAGGUGAUAUAUCACCUUUUCGUAAGGCCCGUUUAUCUGGGAUUUCUAUUGCGAUUUUAUUCUUCUGAUGGAUGUGAACGAGUAGAUGAGUUGUAUACGUGUACUCUCAUCUCAACAUUCAUAACUCAUUCACAUCCAUCAGAAGAAACAAACCCAGGUUGAGAGCGAUACCCGCCCCAUCGCACUUACCCCUGUGUUAUCGAAAGUACUCGAAGACUUUGUGGUUAGUUGGAUGGUUGAGGAUAUAGGUGGACAAAUCGAUAAUCGUCAGUAUGGCAGCCUGAAGGGAACAUCUACCACCCUUUGCCUUCUAGAUCUUAUCCACAACUGGCUUUCUAAAAUGGACAACCCAGGUCAUUACCUUAGAGCUUGCUUUCUGGACUUUAGCAAAGCUUUCGAUAGAAUAGACCACAAUAUUGUUAUGACAAAAUUGAUCGAUUUGGGAGUGCGCCGUUCAAUAAUCCCUUGGAUUUGUAGCUUCCUUUCAAAUCGCCGCCAGUGUGUUAAGCUGGGACAGUGCGUGUCCCGAUGGCUUUCAACUAGUGCUGGGGUCCCACAGGGUACCAAAUUGGGUCCAAUCCUUUUUGUCAUAAUGAUUAAUGAUUUGAAAAUAGUAUCCCCGCGUUCCAGUAAUUGGAAGUACGUAGACGACGUGACGAUAUCUGAGAUUGUUCCAACAAGGGAGGUAUCUAUACUACAAAACGAAUUGGACGCAAUUGGUAAUUGGACAAGUACCAAUAAUAUGAAAUUGAACCCCAAAAAGUGUAAAGAGAUGAUUGUCUCCUUUCGACGAGAUAUUGAGCAGCCACCACCCACCUUAGUUGUUGAAACCAUUAGUCUUGAAAGAAUAGAAUCCCACAAAGUAUUAGGUUUAACGAUCCAGAAUAAUCUGAAGUGGGAUUUGCAUAUCAGUGAGAUAGUAACCAAAGCAUCAAAAAGACUACACAUCUUACGAGUUCUCAAGCGCAGUGGAGUUUCACCGUUUCAUUUACUACGAGUACAUUUUGCACUUAUUAGAUCCCUGCUUGAGUACUGCUGUCCGGUAUGGCAUUCAUCAUUGACCAUUAACUUGUCAGAUAAAAUUGAACGGGUCCAGAAGCGCACAAUGCGAAUAAUCUACCCCACAUUAAGCUAUGACGCUGCUCUGGACCAAGCUAAAUGUUCGACAUUACGCGCAAGACGUGAUGGUUUGUGCAUAAAAACUUUUGACAAAAUCAGACAGCCUGAUUCACGCCUUAACCAUUUAAUACCACCUCGGGCCAAUGGACACAAUUGUAAUUUAAGGUACGGAAAUAGAUUAACACUGUUUCCUUGUAAGACGGAGCGCUUUAAGAAAAGCUUUUUUCCUACUAUGUGUAUUCAAUCACAUAAUUUAUAAAUUUUGUAAAUUUUGUAAAUUUAGAAGUUCUUUCGAUAUUAAUUCAUAGAUCAGUAAACUAUUGUUGUAAUAUAAUGCCAGUAACACAAGGUACUUUUUAAUACUUUUAACUAAAGUUUGUAAAUAAUUUCGCAAUUCGCUUUCAUCGAGCGCGACGAUUUUUAUAAUAAACCAUUAAUAAUAAUAAUUAAUAAGAAGAAAAUAGCACCUAAAAUCGCAGCAAAAAUUGCAAGUGUAACAAGGCCUUUACAACUCGUAUCUUGAGUUUACAAAAUAUUACUUUUCGGAGUGGUUUUUUCUCAAGAAUAAUCUGUUGAUUCAAUCUUGCAGAUAUCUAUCAAUCACAGCUAACUACACGGACCAAUGGGAAAAGUGGUGGAAGAAUCCCGAGAAUGUCAGUUUAUACCAGUUCAUGGCGAAAGACAAUGUGCCAUUUCAUACAGUUGUAUUUCCAGCAACAUUACUGGGAACCAAGGAACCUUACACCAUGCUCGACAGUAUUAAUGCCACAGGUAAGGUUGAAACAUACCACUGAGCUGAAUCAUGACACUGGAUUGUUAGCUUUCAUGUUGUUUCUAUUGCGUAAAACUUUACCCAUGCAUGCAUGUACAUUUUUACACUUCAGCAGCGUAAAAAAUUGUCAUAACGAUCUUACUCGGAUCUAGUUGCUGGGAUGUUGGCUAAGAAUGGUGCGCCAACCUUUUGAAUAGUGUUGGUGAGAUAAUUUAAAUGUAUUCACGACUCUGCUGUAGUUACAUCACUUACGUGAACUUCGAAGAAAAAAAACGUACAACCGUACAACCAAAAAAAAGCAAAACGUACAAUCGUUGUAAAGUUCAUGAACACAUACUAUCUAUACAUCUUUCUACCAUCACUGAGUUGUAUUUCUCUUAUUCACAAUAGUAUAUUAAGUAUACAGGUAAUUUCAAAGGUUCUGUAAUAGAAAUAGAAUUGAUAAAAUAAAUGUUCUCUCAACCAAUCAGUAUUGAGUAGUUUUGUCACGCAAAUAUUAAAAUUAAAAGUGUGUGAUUGCUUUGUAGAGUACUUGAAUUACGAAGACGGAAAGUUCUCCAAAAGUCGUGGUAUAGGUGUAUUCGGUAACGAUGCCAAGGAAACAGGAAUCCCGCCCGAUAUUUGGAGAUAUUAUUUGCUGCAAAUUAGACCUGAAUCACAAGUAGGUCACUAGUAAAUACAGUAUAAUUGAAUUUAGUUUGCUCACAUUAUUAUUCAUCCCACUCCUCGUCUGGAGCUGGUUGUUCCUACACGGAUUAUCUGGGGAGAGGGGGCCAACAAUAAAUUCUACAGUCUCUGCUCGAUAAAAUUUUCAUGAUUUUGUUCCCCAGCCUCAUGGGAAAAAUCACGGAAAAUCUGCAACCCACCAUCAAAUCUGACUAUAGAUCUACUCGUGAUAGAUGUACCUAAGCCAUAUAACGAGCGAGCCAAAGCAAUGGGCCUGAUUUUUAUCAUGUAAAGACAAGCUGAAAACCUGCAUACUCUACUGAUAGGGCUAGACCUUCACGACUCACGUAGGACUCGUGUGACCACACCCUCUAAUUCAAAUAUGACAAAUAUGGUUUUUAUUCAGGAUAGUGUAUUUACCUGGGCGGAAUUUGCUGUGAGGAACAACGCAGAGUUGUUGAACAAUUUAGGAAACUUCGUCAACAGGUGUGCUCUUACACUCUUAACUAACUGUUUGUGUGGUAAUAGUUCAAAACGCCGAACAUGGUUAAUUUAAUAUAUUAAUUGUGGCUUAACUUUUCACCAUAGUAUUUUUUCUCUGUCAGAGCGCUGGUGUUUUUGAACAACAAUUUCAAUAAGAAGAUGCCUUCAAUAGUAUUAAAUGAUGAAGAUACGAAAUUGAUUGCUUUAGUCAACCGCGAGUUGAAACAAUAUAUCGAAUUGAUGGAUCUCAUCAAGUAAGUUACGUAUACAGCUAUUUCAAUUAAGGUUGUCCACGAGCAAAGCGGAAAAGUCGAAUACGAGCGCGAAAGGCUGCUGGGAAUCGCUAACAAAUUAAUGAAUUUUCAAAGCGGUUCCCAGCAGCCUUUCGCGCUCGUAUUCGACUUUUCCGCUUUGCUCGUGGACAACCUUAAUUGAAAUAGCUGUAUAUCAUUGUAGUGAUGUAGUGUAUGAGUGACAGUUAUUGAGUGUAAUAUAUCAAUAUAGAUUGAUAGCAAUCAAAUCAGAGUACAAAGUAGUUUAGCUGGAGAGUCACUUAUGAAAGUUAAAAGAUGCAUAUCUUAGAAGAUGCAUUUCCUCGUUUAUAACCAGGAAUUUAUUUCAUGAAUUUUAUCAGAUUGAGAGAUGGUUUAAGAGUUGUGUUGAAUAUCUCUAAGCUUGGCAAUCAAUAUGUCCAAGCCAACAAACCUUGGGUAUUGGUCAAGGGAAAUGAAGAUGAAAGGUAGGCAUCGGUUAUUUCUUCAUUGAUGUGUGGUGUUGGACAUUUAUUUCAUGGAAAAAUAUUUUUCUUCCUGGCAGAAAAAUCCAAAAUAGACAUUCCUUGUGCAAAGCAAAUGUAAAAAUUCCUGCACAGGUAGGCUUCGGAGAAUGUGCGAUGUUGCACAUGGUGGUAUACUUCAAUUUCGAUACAUGACAAUUUCGGUUUGCCAAAUGGAUUUAGUAUUUUAAAACGUUAAGCAAAAUCUAUGGGAUGAGAUGACAAAAAUAUCCUGCAAGGCAUAAGAAAAUUUCCUGCUAAGACAUUUUCUUAAAAUUUCAUUUCAAAACAGACAUUUCCCGCACUAUUGAAACAUUGCUUUACAUGUUUAAAAUUCAACCAUGUUUAUCUUCAUAUAUAGACCACUUUCAUAAUACACAUGCAGAUGGGUUUAAAUGUUCUUUUAUGUACAUUUUAAUAAGCCUCGCGGCCUCGUUCUUUUGACCAAAAUUAAACAGAAUCUUUGAACCUACACGAGACUAAGAAUAUUUAAAGCCAUCUGUCUUAUGAAAGUGGUCUAUUUAUUAAUAUUUUAUUUCAGGACAAGGGCUGGCAGUGUAAUUGGUCUUGCAUGUAACCUGGCAAGUUUAUUGUCCAUUCUCAUUAAUCCUUUCAUGCCAGAUGUUAGCGCGGAAAUCAGAAAACAACUGCAGGUAUUGUAUUCACAUAUUUGCUGCGAAGUAUAAAGGUAGUUAAAGCCUUGAAUAUGUAUUAUCGUUGAAUUUUAAAUCUGGUUGGAGUACUCAAUUUGUUGAAUUUGCUAGUGAUACAAUCUUCGUCUGCGUUAGUUUAACCAUAACCACCACAAGAAAACAUACAAUUACGUAAAUUACGUAUUCUAAUAAAGAAAGAGGUCCAAUCUUCUCUAAAUUUAAACUAGCAAAAACACCACAAGAACACAAGCAUUUUAAGACCCCCCCCCCCCCACACACACACACACACACACACACGCACACACACUAUACUGAUAACCCUGUGGCUCUCAUCUAUGACUUUGUUACAAUGUACAGUAAUGGACAUUCAUUCGUAGACUAUUGAAACAGUUCCCCUCCCCCUACACAAUGUUGACUUGUUAAGCAAUAAUCAAUGUCUUAACCAACAUUGUGCUAGGGGGGAGGGUAUCAUAUUUCUAGCGAUCGUUUGUAUUAACUAAGAAUGAAAUGGGUUUACAAAAUAUAGUAAGACACGACAGGUUUUAAAAAGGUCACGGAUAUUAUGUCCAUGAUUGUAUAGUUACAAUAUAAAUACAUUAUCUAAACAAUAAAAAGUAUCUUUGAUAAUCUCAAAUAUGAUUUAAAAGAGUUUAGAAAGUUUAAUGUUUUAACGCCUUCAACAGUUCGAACAGUAACAGUUCGGCCCUUUCCGAGGCCUUUUUAAAACGAGGACAAACUAAACUAUUUAUUGAUGACUAAAUAAAUUGGUAGCAGGCUCUAUCGAAGCUCGUAAUGAUUUAACACUGUAUCAUUGUGAGUCAAUAUGAAGCCGAAAUAAAAAUCUUUUCUUAUGGUCGCUAGAUCACAGCAAAUCUCCUGUCUUCUGGCAUUACCCAGGGAAAGAACAUUAUAACCAGACAAGUACUGCAAUAAGGUAUCCUGGAGCAUGCGCAAUCAGCACGUUCACCGCGUUGGCGGCUUAAACAAAUGCACCACAAGCGCGAGGACAUACCGUUUUUGAAUAACUACCAAUGAAGGCUUAUGGUUCCUAUUAUUAACAAAGCGAUUCCUGACUUCGUAUUGGAACUGCAGUAUAAUGAUGUCCUGGUGAACGCUUAGCCUCCUGCAUGGCAGGCGGUCCCUAAAAUCGGGCAAGCCUGGGAAAGCUGCCAUGCAGGCUAGUGAACACUAUGACCGUUCAACGAAGUAAUUCAUUCAUAACUUGAUUUCAGGUUUCUGACGAACAUUGUGCCAUUGUUGAUUCUUUUGUACCACAUCUCGAAACUGGUCAUAGCAUUGGCGAGGUAUGGAGAACCUUCAAGUUUUAUAAGAAAUAAUUUAGCUGUGAACAUCACAGUAACUCAAGUGUAAUAAUAGUGGCUAUAGAGCCUCGUUUUCAUGUAUGUGACAUUAGUUAGUUAAAUCCCAAUGACGCUCUAUAGCCAAUGUGAUGAACUUUCAAGAAGCGUGUAUUGUACUCGUAAAUUUAUGUCUUAAAGUGUCACAAUGCAAUUAAGAAAAAACACGACCUUUUUCAAUUAAGUUUACGAAUACAGGGGUCGAAAUUCCCGCUAUUCCGAAUAUACUAAAAUGCGUGACGGAAUAGUAAACUUUCAUGUUUUCAACAAACAGUAUUCCGUUUGUAUAGUAGAAAAAAUUGUGGUACCAAAUUCGACAAGCAAGGGUUUUCCUGAUCUUAUAAUAUAUCACUUUAUACCGGACUUAGCUGCUUCGCUUGCAGUACUUGCGUAUUCUAAUUUCUUUGCAGCAAUAUUAUUGUCAAUUUCAAGUCACUUUUCAAUGCGCGGUUCCCAAGUUCAUUGCGAACUUGCCAAUUACGUUUCCAAGUUCGGAAAUUGGGCGCGAACUUCGCAACAAAGUUCGCAAGUUCAUUUCAGUGUUUGAACUUUGUUUUUUAUUAAUAAUUUGUUCAUCACUGACUGUACAUGUUUAUUUUUUGUUAUUCAAUUAUUCAGUUCACUUUAGGAAUCUCAAGGAUGAUUUCAUGAAAAUCAGAAACAGUACAUUAAGGAAUAGUGGAUCUUCAGACGGAAUAGUAAAUAUAAAAAUCUACUAUUCCGGCUGUAUAGUACAAAAAAAUUAAAUUUCGACCCCUGGAAUAUUUGUACUUAAAAGUGAAGUUUCGUAAAUUUUUAAAGUAAGAAAGGCAAUAUACAUUACAAUAUCACAUGAUUUUACAAAAGGUCUUGCCAACUUCGCUCCCAAUCACAGUAACAAAUGUAAAAAUUUACGUUAAAAACCAUCAUUCAAAAGGCUUAACUGUGCCUUUAAUGUUUUCUUUCAGCCUAAGCCUUUAUUUGAAAAAAUAGAUGGCAACAAAAUGGAAGAAUUCAGACAACUUUAUUCUGGACAACAAAACGAACGAAAUAAGGUAAAUUGAAAGAAUCCAUGAAUAAUUUUACCAAGAUGUGAGUCAUAGAUGUGAAAAGAGGUCCGCCAACGCUCUUCCAAAAGUCGUGGGUUUUCUCCUGGCGCUCCGGUUUCCUCCCACAGGGAAAGUUGACAGGGUGGGUUAGGAUUAAAAUAUAGUUAUAGGAAAGUAACAUCACAAUUGUUGUAAAGAUAAUCUAGCCUAAGUGCUGUAGGUAUUACAAGUAAGCGUAAUACUUGAUGUAAUCGCUCACUGAAAAGCCCCGAUGGGGAGUGAGCUGAAUAAUAUAUCUAAUAUGUAAUAGAUCGUUCGCACGUCACAUUAUUGCACCAAAAUAUAAAAAGGUUGGAAUCCUACUCCCUCUUGGAUUUCUCAGAGCGACAAGAGAGCUGACGUAACGGCUAUAAAAAGUUAGGUUGACAGGAUAGACUGAAACUAAACUCAAAAUAAUGGCCCACAAUACCAAAUAACUUGACAGGAUGACUCUACACUGACUCAAAUUUUGUCGAAAUUUCCACGUGCUAAGUAAUACAUUUUCUUUUCAGGGGAAGCCAACGGAAGAGGAAAUAAAAGCCCUUGAAAGCGAUGUUGCAAAACAGGCGAGCAAAAUAUACAGUGUUUAAUUAAGCACUGAAUACACUCUUUCCAUAAUUACGUCACAAAUUUCUCCUUGGCGCAGGAAUCUCACUCUUGUGAUUCGUGAGCGAAUUGCCUUUCGUCUUGAUAGCGAGGCUACCUACUGCCAAAAAUUCGUGACGUAUUGUCGAAAGGGUGUAUUGUUAACUGGUUCGCUAACCAGUGAUUUUGAGAUCAGUACUAGUUUUGAAGCCUUUCAGUUAUUGCAGUUAAAUUACGGUUGUAUGGCUAAUAUGGUUUUAAAUUGAUAGUGUAACAGGGUGUACAUAGUUACCAGUAGGGUUAUUUUUCUCCCUAACCUAAUUUUGGAAGGAUCAAUACACCCUUUCGAUAAUUACGCCACAACUGCACUGUUUUCAACUUAGGACCAUCUUAAAUGGAAUGGAUUUCAAGUUCGUUUCUCAAGGGCUAUGGGCAGAGAAGUACAACAUCCUUCAACAUAUGGGUGGUCCUAAGUUGAAAACAGUGUAGUUGUGCCGUAAUUAUCGAAAGGGUGUAUUGAAGACUGGUCAGGAAUGGUGAAUCUCACGUUUUUGACCAGUGGGGAGGUUGAGUUGCCAAUUCCAGCUUUUAGUUUAUGCAUGCAGGGGGUGAUGGGAAGUAGGGUAUCAUCUCGCUGAUUAUGCUGAAAAAAUAAAACUGGCAGCCGUGUAAACACGGAGUGACAGCUUAUACUUACAUAAACUAAAAGCUGGAAUUGCCUAUUUUAAAGUCAUCCUAGUGUCAUUUUUUUCGAGGAGCACAAAUUGUGUAGUUAGAAGAAAAUUUCAAUAAAUAGGCGGAAUAAAUUGUGUGCCAAGAUCCUUUCCUCCAGUUCUUUUACAUGACAUUCCUCAAUAUCUGAGCAAUGUGGCAUGUCCCAACAAAGAUUCGCCUCGGGUGACAUUUCUUUAUGUUGUUAUUCUAGGGUGAUGUUGUACGCCAGCUAAAGGCAAAUAAAGCUGAGAAAUCGACGAUCGACGCUGAAGUGGCUAGACUGCUGGAUCUUAAAAAGAAAUUGAGUUUAGCAACUGGAAGCAAUCCAAGUGACACUUCUGCCAAGAAAAAGGACAAGAAAACGAAAAAUUAAUUUGAUUUAUAGAAUUAAAGAUAUAACGAAUAUUUUAAAUAAAAGAUACAAAC